UGGGAUUUGAUCCCAGAGCGGAUGACUACAUUCUCAAAGCCGUUGGAAUAUUUGGUGGAUUUUACCUGCUGUUCUUCACAGAGAAAGUACUGAAGAUGGCACUAAGAACAGAGCAUGAGCAUGGCCACAGUCACUUCUCUCCUCCAGGGCAACCGAGGCAGAACUCUCUCCAGAAUGGCGAUGUGUCUGAGAAGAAAGAGUCUAUCACCAUGACGACGUGUAGCAUCAGCAGCAUCAGUACAGACAACACCAGCCCAGACCCUCCAGUGUCAUCCACGGAACCACCACCUCAGCAGGAAGUCCAUGUCAAUAAUGUGAUGUGCCACUGGCUGCGGGGUCAGCGCAUCGCUAACAUAAAGACGGUGGCCUGGAUGAUCACGCUGAGUGACGCUCUGCACAACUUCAUCGACGGCCUGGCGAUCGGAGCCUCUUUUACCGUGUCUGUCGUCGCUGGUUUCAGUACCUCCAUCGCCAUCGUCUGUGAGGAGUUUCCCCACGAGCUCGGCGACUUUGUGAUCCUGCUGAAUGCUGGGAUGAGUAUCCCCCAGGCCGUCUUCUUCAACCUGCUGUCAGCCAUGUCCUGCUACAUCGGCCUGGCCUUCGGCAUCCUGCUAGGGAGCAACUUCGCCCCCAACGCCAUCUUCGCCAUCGCUGGGGGAAUGUUCCUCUACAUAGCACUGGCAGACAUGUUCCCAGAGAUGAACGCCAUCAUGAAUGAACAGGACGGGUCGACGGUGACCAAUGUUAUCUUCUUCCUGAUCCAGAACGCCGGGCUGCUCACCGGGUUCGCUAUCAUCCUGCUCAUCACCAUGUUCGUUGGUGAGAUCAACCUGGGUUAGAGCCGAUGCUGUAGCUAUAGAAACACUAGAUGAUUGACAGGGGGGUUGUUUUGAAGCCACUGCGCCACCAUCUUUAAAAAAAAAAAUGAAAUACCGUAGACUUAAUUUUAUUCCUAUGGAGGACUGCUCCUUCUGAGGAGUACCAAUAUGGUGGACGUGGCUUCAGAGCCUGUCAUUGACCAAUAUAUAGCAUCGAGCAAUCUAGUGUUUAUACACAUCAUUGGGUAGAGCUGGGUGAGAGGGAAGAGAAGAACAAGGGAGGGAGAGAAAAAUGAGAAUGAGAGGAACAAUGAGAGAAAUAUAUCAUUUCAAAGAACAAAACGUGAAUGAACAGAGCUGCUUUCAUUCCGCUCCGAUCUCACAUCGGCCCACGUCUUGUUUUACACUAAUUGUUUACUGGGAAAUGGAAUACUUGUGCUUUUGUUUGUUUUUUUUCUUCUGACUAUCAUUAUAUUUAAAUAGAGGGAACAAUCACGUAACUAGUGUAAAUGAAAUAAAGAAACAAUGUAUUUAAAACAAACGUUUUCAAUAAAUUAUUUUUUCAGUCUUUACAA